AUGGUGACCUUUGUCACCACUGAGAAAGUUAAAGAGCGCAUGGCACAAGCUCGGGAUGGUGCUGCUUCUGCAAACUCAGCUUUGCAGAAUAUCAGGAUUGAAACUAUUUCAGAUGGGCUUACAGAUGAUCAAGACAGGAAGAAAAGUUCAGAUACGGAAAUAGAUCUGCUGAAAAAGUUUGGAAGUGUUUCAUUUGAACAUCUAAUAGAGAGGCUCAAUGCUCAAGGCCAGAGAGUCUCUUGCAUAGUCUAUGACUCUUUUCUGGAUUGGGUUCCACUAAUAGCAAAGAAAUUUGUUAUUCCUGUGGCAUUUUUUUGGACCCAGGCUUGUGCAGUUUAUUCCAUUUAUUUAUUUUCAAAAAUAUUUUUACUUAAUAUCUACAUUUUUUUAAUUUUUAGGGAUGAAGAGGAUGAAUCAGGGAAUGAUAUGAAUGUGAAAGUAAUAUCUGAACUUCCAGAAUUAUAUUCAACAGAUCUACCAUCAUUUCUACAAUCUUCAAAUCCCUAUCCAUCUAUUUUGAAGUUGGCACUGGAUCAAUUCAAUAUCAUUUCUCAAGCAACAUGGAUAUUAGAAAACUCUUUCACUGAACUCGAAGUGGCAGAAAUAAAAUCCAUUGACUCAUUCAUUCGAAUUCGAACAGUGGGCCCUCUAGUUCCAUCAUCUUUUCUAGAGGGAAACAAUCCUAAAGACAUAGAUGUUGGUGCACAUCUAUGGAAAACAACAAAUUGCAUGAGUUGGCUCAAUACGAAAGAGGAGUCAACUAUAAAAUAUGUCUCCUUUGGGAGCUUACCCAUUCUUUCUAAAGACCAAAUCCAUGAAAUAGAAUUUGGACUUAAGGCUACUGGUCAUUCCUUCUUAUGGGUAAUAUGUCAAAGUGAUAGUGAAGAAGAAAAUGACACUACACAAAAUUUGCCAAAAGGUUUCUUAGAGGAAAUGAGUGGGAAAGGAUUAGUGGUGCCUUGGUGUCUGCAAAUGAUGGUGCUUUCUCAUUCCUCUAUAGCAUUGUGGAUGGAAUUCAAUGCUAGAGAGCCUUAG